AUGGAUGUUUUGGCUAGUUCGGAUGGUGAGUUUCAUAUUAAACUCCAUAUCCGCAACAAGGCCGACAACUUCACAUGGACUCUCGUCGCCCUGUAUGGUGCAACCCAGGAUGAGUUCAAGGCCGAGUUCCUCCAUGAAUUGGUUAAUCUGGCAAAAGAUAAUCCAUAUCCCAUUCUUAUUGGUGGUGAUUUCAAUUUGCUUCGAUUUCCAAAUGAGAAAAGCCGUGGCAGGUUUGAUGAUCAUUGGCCUUUCCUUUUCAACGCUGUCAUCGACAGUCUAGAUCUGCGAGAGGUUUCCAUGAUUGGAAGACAGUUCACUUGGGCGAAUAGUCUUCCGGAACCGACAUAUGAGAAACUAGAUCGCGUUUUAAUGGAUACCGACUGGGAAUCUAAAUUUCCUAUGGUGUCUGUUCGUGCUCUACCUCGUAUCGAGGCUAUAUCAGACCACGCACCCAUUCUCCUAACUACGGGUUUGCCACGACCACAACAUAGACGCAAGUUCAAGAUUGAACUUGGGUGGUUGCUUCGGGAUGGCUUCCAUGACAUGGUCAAGGAGGUGUGGGAGAAACCGGUGGCCGGGCCUACCCCAAUUCACAAAUGGAAUAACAAAAUGCGUGCAUUACGUAAAUUCCUCGGUGGUUGGGCUAGGCAUACGGUGGGUAUCCUCAGAAAGGAGAAGCUUCGCCUUUCAUCUAUCAUUGAUGAAUUAGAAGCUUUGGCAGAGGUUAGACCUCUAUCUGAGCAUGAAAUCGAGAUCAAGAGUCAUUCGAAUGCACAGAUAGCUAGCAUGCUGCGUGAAGAGGAACUGAAAUGGUAUCAACAUUCUAACUCUCAGUUUAUCCUGAAAGGUGACGCGAAUACUAGAUAUUUCCAUGGAGUCGCCAAUGGCAGACUCCGGAAGAAAAUUAUUCAUUCCCUACAACAGGAUGAGGGCACAAUUGAGGGGCAUGAGCAACUUAAAUCUUAUAUCACUAAUUAUUAUAAAAAUUUGUUCGGAGCCCCAGAGGAAGGAAACUUCUCGAUGGAUGAGUCCCGAACAAAUGACAUCCGCCAGGUUUCUGAUGAGGAAAAGAGCCUUCUAACAGCCCCAUACUCUGAGGAGGAAGUUAGAAAGGCGACAGCUUUUAUGCAAGGCAGAUACAUCCUUGAUGGUGUUGUUAUCCUUCAUGAAACAGUCCAUGAAUUACACCGAAAAAAGUUGAAUGGGGUGGUUCUCAAAAUAGACUUUGAAAAGGCUUAUGACAAAGUCAAGUGGCCCUUUCUUCAACAGACUCUCAGAAUGAAAGGAUUUUCUGCAGAGUGGCGUGCUAUGAUCCAUAGUUUCGUUUCUGGAGGUAGUGUUGCCAUUAAGGUCAAUGAUGACAUUGGACACUAUUUCCAAACGAAGAAGGGUUUGCGACAAGGUGACUCGGUAUCGCCCAUGCUAUUCAAUAUAGUGGCGGAUAUGCUUGCGAUCAUGAUUGAGCGUGCCAAGGUUGAUGGCCAAAUUGAAGGGGUAGUAAAUCAUCUAGUUGAUGGUGGUGUCUCUAUACUUCAAUAUGCCGAUGAUACGAUUCUCUUCAUGGAUCAUGACCUCGAGAAAGCGAGAAAUCUGAAACUAAUUCUAUCAGCAUUCGAGCAACUCUCGGGUCUUAAGAUCAAUUUUCAUAAAAGUGAAUUGUUUUGCUUUGGUGAGGCUCAAGACGAGGCCCACCUGUACGCUGAACUGUUUGGAUGCGGGUUGGGCCAGUUUCCGAUCACAUAUUUGGGGAUACCGAUACAUUAUCGGAGACUCACAAAUGCUGAAUGGAAACACAUCGAGGAGAGACUUCAGAAAAGACUUAGUAGUUGGAAAGGUUCUCUACAGAUGUACCGGGACUCUUCAUUUAUGGUCCUCUCUACAACGCGUGGAGAAUCGAGACCUGUUUACGGAGAUGUGUACACGAUUGGAGGCUACGGCGAGGGAUACUUUUACCCAGCAUGGGUGGCAACAUGA